UCCCUCUCUUUCUGUGGCUCCGUCUCUCGGGGCUCAGUGUGUGUGAGUGGACACACUCCCGUUCCUCUUGUUUCCUAACGUGGACUCGGAUUCUCUGCUCUGUGACGUCAUCAGCACAUGAAGCAGCGUGAAGCUGAGGAUGCCUCGCCCUCCACAGUCCAGAAAGCAGCUGAUUGGAUGAAGCAGAGUCACGAGGAUUCACUUAUCAACUGACGUGAUGUUUGUUUUGUUUUUGGACCAAAUUCUCUUUUCAUGAAGUGAUGAGGAUUUAUUUUCCAUCACACAAGAAGGAAACCUCUUCAGUGUAUUAUAUCUGCUGAAGCUUCAGGUCUACGGAUUACAUCUGAUGAAGCUUCAGGUCUGUGGAUUAUAUCUGCUGAAGAUUCAGAUUUGUGGAUUAUAUUUGCUGAAGGUUAAGGGUCGUGGAUUAUAUCUGCUGAAGCUUCAGGUUUGUUGAUUAUAUCUGCUGAAGCUUCAGAUUUGUGGAUUAUAUUUGAUGAAGCUUCAGGUGUGUGGAUUAUAUCUGCGGAAGCUUCAGGUCUGUGGAUUAUAUUUGCUGAAACUUCAGGUUUGUUGAUUAUAUCUGCUGAAGCUUCAAGUCUGGGUUAUAUUUUCUGAAGUUUCAGAUUUGUGGAUUAUAUCUGAUGAAACUUAAGGUCUGUGGAUUGUAUCUGAUGAAGCUUCAGGUCUGUGGAUUAUAUCUGAUGAAGUUUCAGAUUUGUGAAUUAUAUCUGCUGAAGCUUCAGGUCUGUGGAUUAUAUCUGAUGAAGCUUCAGGUUGGAGGAACAGAUUAUAAUCCCGUCAGUGCCAUGGUGAUGUCACAGGGCGCGUCCACCUUCCUGUUGUGUUUCUCUGGUUUCUGGUUGGGUUGGGCCGUCGUCGUCAUGCUCUGCUGUUUCUGCAGUUUCCUGCAACGUCGCCUCAAACGUCGUCUCGACGACCGUCUGCAGUCUGUGGACACGGAGCCGCUCAGCUGUUCACCGCCACCACUCCUGGCUCCUCCUCCUCCUCUGCAGCCACCACUACAGCUCCGCCCCGCUCCUCCUCACACCGUCUCGCCGCCUCUUCCUCUGCAGCUUCCUCAUCCGCUGCCACAGGCAACCUGGGUCAGCCUGCCAGACGCUGAUGUCAUCGGGAAGCCGCCCUGCUACGAGGAGGCGGUCCUUAUGGCGGAUCCUCCUCCACCCUACAGUGAGAUCUUGGCCGACCCUCAGGGCGGGACCUAUCAGAAGCCUGUCCUGCUCCGAGCAGCCCCGCCUCCUCUGAGGGAAAACCAGAAUCGUGCGUUCGAGUCUAAGACGGGGAAGUCUCCGCCCACGGCCGUGCUUUUCCCCGACCGCGGUUACUCGUCGCUGAUUCGCCUGCCGUCGUCCCGGCGCUGGGACUCUCUGGGUCGUCUCCUGUCCAACAUGGACCUGAACCACAACAACCUCAUGAUGCCAACCACUGCCGCCAUGGCAACCAUGCCACGCCGAGAGCUCAGGGCUCAACAUGGUGGACAUGGACUCAGAGGUGGAACACAAGGAGGGAUACAGGGUUUCCCAGGCAGGUUUCAGGGGCUGCAGGUGUGUGGUUUACUGGGCCGCAGCACGGCCGUCUAGAUUCUGACCAUGGAUGUAUUAUAAGAACUGGAUAGAGCUCCGUCCUCUCUGCCUUGAAGACAAUUUUGUCAUGGUGGCCACUUCUGGUACUGCAACAAAAAAUACAAACAUUUCCCAGAGUGACAUCACGUAACGUCACGGCUGUGCACAAGCACAGCAAAGCAUGGUCACGUGACGUCACGGCUGUGCACGAGCACAGCAAAGCACGGUCAUGUGACAUCUCAGGAACGCUGUCAGUGAAGCGUACGAUGUGAAAACUUGAGAAAUGUGAAUAACUGCUGCACACGCUCAUGAUCUACACAACCCGCAAAUAAAUGCCCAAGUCAGAAACUUUAUUGGCAUAUGUGCUGAGUGAGCCAGAGGGGCGGAGCUACAUCCAUGCUUCUGACUGUCAGUCACUGAUGGACUUCCUGUUUCCUGCUCAUGGUGAAGGUCAGCAGAGGAUUUCCUGAGCUGCUGUGUGUCCUUCUCUCCUCCACCUCCUUCUCUCCUCCACCUUCACCUCCACACUCUGCUGUUGCCAUGACUCCCGGGAACUGAACGUCCUGUUGCCCACGACAACCUCUGGUCUUUUAUCUGUGAUGUUUGAACGCUUUGUUUGCUGCUCGUCUUCUUGCCACAGACAUGAGAGACAAAGUCACGUCUUUAAGGGUAGACCAGGACCAGGACCAGGACGAGUUUGUCCUGGAGUUUGUUCACAGUGGUUAACCACACUGUUAACUACUGUUAACCACUGUUAACUACUGCAGUUACCAUUUUUUGUUUAUUCUGUUCAGAAAAAAAACUUCUUUAUGGAUAUGUUUGAUUUAUUCAUUCAUUCAUUCAUUCAGUCAUUCAUUCUCACAUGUAGUGUGUAAACUUUACCUGAAGGAAACAAACAGUGAAUUUACUUCUGUAGAAAAUUCUGAAUCACAUGAAAUAAAUGUAUCACUUUAAUCAGA